UUUAUAUUGUUUAAAAUAGGCCAGAAGCAAAUGUCGUGCUUUCUGAACGGGUUACAUGCUUUAAUUAUUAUUUAAAUACGUUGUAUGUUGAAUAUAUGUAUAUAUAAGUAUUCUGCUACGCAACUGCACCAAAAUGUUGCUACUCCCAAUUAUUUGGUUUAACGUGAUCAAAACACUUUAUGCUUAUCAAGUCACCAAUUCUGGUGAUGAACUGUCGUCUCGUAUUUUGUACGGGGAAAGGGCCAAUAUAAGUGACUAUCCAUUCUUCGCUGCGCUAUCAAAUUGUGGGGCUGCCAUAAUCUCGGACAGGUGGUUGGUCACAGCGGCCCACUGCGUUAUUAGUAACACAGGCCCGGUAUGGGUAGGAGGCGACAGUAUUAAGAGCAGCCAACGUUACACAUACGACAAAGCGGUCAUAUAUCCUCAUUACCAAGAAAUUGUUUUUUCAAUUCUUCUCAAUGAUAUAGCGAUACUAAGGCUGUCUCAACCGUUGAAGUUCAGCAACACUGUUAAAGCAAUAAAACUGCCAAAACAAGACUAUGAAAGGAAUGCAAUCCAUGCAUUUGCUGGAAAGGGGACAAACGAGAAAAAGCAAAUGUCUCAAUACCUAAUGAGAAUGAACGUGCGUACUGUGAAACAAGAAGAGUGUUUAUCUCACGGAACUAAUAGGCUGUUGCGUCGCUAUUUAGAACCAUAUUUAGAUUGCAUUUCUAAUGUCACUAUUUGCUCUACAAGGACGGAAAAUAAGCCUGGGAUGUGCUUUGGUGACUCCGGCAGUCCUCUCGUUCGUAACAACAUCCUGGUAGGAAUCGCGUCCUACAUAACAGACCGAGACUGCAAGAGGGCUAGACUCGGCUUGUUUACCAAUGUCGCUCCUUUCGUGGACUGGAUAACAUCCGUUACUGGAGUUAAAUAAAAACUAUUAGUUUAAUA